GUGGCCACAAUGGCUGACAGAGUGAAUAGUUUGCCAUUCUUUUACGGCAACAUCACAAGAGAGGAGGCCGAGGACUAUCUUCAGCAGCAGGGUACAGUUAGUGGCUUGUAUUUGCUCCGGCAAAGUCGAAACCAUUUUGGAGGUUUCGCUCUUUCUGUGUUACAUUCUGGCCGCUGCUACCACUACACCAUUGAAAGAGAGUCCAAUGAAUCGUACGCUAUUGCUGGGGGUAAAAGCCACAACAGCCCUCUUGAUGUGAUUGACUACCACUCCCAGGAGAUGGACGGCCUCGUAUGUCGACUGAAGAAGCCGUGCAACAGGCCCAAGAACAUGCAGCCUAAGGUGGGGCCGUUUGAGGACUUAAAGGAAAAACUCAUUCUGGAAUAUGUAAAGCAGACCUGGAACUUACAGGGGACAGCUCUGGAACAAGCCAUAAUCAGUCAAAGGCCACAUUUGGAGAAGCUGAUUGCGGCCACCGCUCACGAACGAAUGCCUUGGUUCCAUGGAAAAAUAACUCGAGAGGACUCAGAGCCAAGGCUUCAAAAUGGCUCCCGUACAAAUGGAAAAUUUCUGAUCCGGCAGAGGGAUGCGAAUGGAUCCUUUGCUCUUUGUUUAUUACAUGAAGGAGAAGUAAUGCAUUACCGCAUUGACCAGGACAGGAGUGGCAAGCUCUCUAUACCAGAUGGCAAGAAGUUUGACACUCUUUGGCAGCUGGUGGAACACUAUUCGUAUAAACCAGAUGGCCUCCUGCAAGUUCUUACAGAAGUCAGUCCACGACCGGAUGAAGAUACAGGACAGUCGCUGCUACCACAGGAUACGUCUGGGUUUAGUUCUAAGUUUCAAAAUGCAGCAGGAGGAAUUCUUGCCAAAAUCAAAACAGUUCCCAUACCCGGCCGACAUAAGAGCCGCAGAUCUCGACACGAAAACAAAGACGCUAGUAAUCCCAACUCUUAUGAACAACAAGUGCCCAAUAAUUGGGUAGUCGAUUUAGAGUCUUUGCCGAUGGACACACCGGUUUACGACAGGACGUAUGCAGAUCCUGAUGAGCUGAGAAAUGCCAUUGUAAAUUACGAACAGCUCCAUUUGGAAGAUGAAGAAUUGGGUUCAGGAAACUUCGGUACAGUCAGGAAGGGCUUCUACAAGACAAAAACGACAAAGCAACCAGUUGCCGUGAAAAUCCUUAAGAACGAUGAUAGCAGCACAUCAGUUCGGGAGGAAAUGCUGCGAGAAGCCGAUGUCAUGCAGCAGUUGGACAAUCCUUACAUUGUCCGGAUGAUUGGUAUCUGUGAGGCAGAGAGCCUCAUGCUAGUGAUGGAGCUGGCUGAGCUGGGGCCACUUCACAAGUUCCUGCAAAAAAACAAGCAAACAACUAUUCCAAACAUCACGGAGCUGGUGCACCAAGUGUCUAUGGGGAUGAAAUACCUUGAGGAGCAUAACUUUGUCCAUAGGGACCUUGCAGCUCGGAACGUCUUGCUUGUCACACAGCACUACGCCAAAAUAAGUGAUUUUGGCCUCUCCAAAGUAGUUGCAGAGGACCAGAACUACUACAAGGCCAAGGGACAUGGAAAGUGGCCGCUGAAAUGGUAUGCUCCUGAGUGCAUCAACUUCUUCAAAUUCUCAACCAAAAGUGACGUUUGGAGCUUCGGAGUACUCAUGUGGGAAGCGUACUCGUACGGGGAGAAGCCAUACAGGGGAAUGAGAGGAAAUAAUGUUUUGCAAAUGAUCGAGAGUGGAAUGCGUAUGGAUGCCCCAACAAACUGCCCAGAAGAGAUGUAUAACCUCAUGAAUACAUGCUGGACAUAUGAGGUGGAGAAAAGACCUGCGUUUGCCGUUAUUGAGCCAAGACUACGGCGGUAUUAUUACGACAUUGCACAAUGA